CGUAAACAAACCCCGCCCACAUCCGGUUGUCCUCACGAGGUGCAGACCGCUCUCCAUGCAUCCACACGGAAGAAGAAGAAGAUAAAGAAGAAGCAGACAUGCCUGGACUCCUCCUCGGGGACGAGUUCCCAAACUUCGAGGCCGACACCACCAUCGGCCGGAUCAAGUUCCACGAUUUCCUGGGCAACUCAUGGGGUAUCCUGUUCUCCCACCCGAAGGACUUCACCCCCGUCUGCACCACCGAGCUGGCCUGCGCCUGCAGGGUCAGCGAGGAGUUCACCAAGCGCGGCGUGAAGAUGAUCGCCUUGUCCGUGGACAGCGUGGAGGACCAUCACAGCUGGAGCAAGGACGUGAUGUCCUUCAACAGUGCAUCUGAAGGCCCUCUGCCGUUCCCCAUCAUCGCCGACGACAGGAGGCUGCUGUCGGUCCAGCUCGGCAUGCUGGACCCGGAUGAGAGGGACAAGGACGGGAUGCCCCUCACUGCUCGCUGUGUCUUUGUUAUUGGUCCAGACAAGAGGCUGAAGCUGUCCAUCCUCUACCCGGCCACCACGGGGAGGAACUUCGAUGAGCUGCUGCGUGUGAUCGACUCGUUGCAGCUCACCGCGCAGAAGAAGGUGGCCACGCCUGUGGACUGGAAGCCCGGUCAGAAGGUCAUGGUCAUCCCUUCGCUCUCUGAGGCCGAAGCCGCCGCUCUCUUCCCCAACGGCGUGACCACCAAAGAGGUGCCUUCUGGGAAGAAGUACCUGCGCUACACUCAGCCCUGAGGAGAUCCUUGCAGUGAAGAUCCUCAUGUAGAAGAGCAUGAAGGCCUGAACCCUCGUGUGCUUUUACACGACCUCGUUUCCUUCAAUAAAACCACUUUUCACACA